UUGAUUUUCUGUUCAAUUUUAUUAUUUUGAUUUCACUGUUUAAAUUUAAUGCAAAUUUUUCAUUUAUUAAAUAAGCAAAAUAAAAGGUUAAAAUCUCAAAAUUUAGUUCACCAAAGAAACAGUCAUUACCGCUAGUAUCGAUUGUGGUGCCCACUUUAGGAUUUUUAAAAUUCCCUCUUUAUUACACGUGAAGAGGGUUCCAUAUGUAGAAGUCCACGCAAGUGGGGAAAUUUACUGAUCGUCAUUCACAAUUCAUCUACAUAUGGUACACGCAGCUCCCAACUUCCGGGAUUAGCCCAAGUAUCUUCCGAACACGCGAACAUGAGGCAAGGCAAGAAAAACAUAGGACCUUGUGACGUCUACUACAGCUGCCAUGUAAAGGAGCGCAAAUACGGUGUCGGAUUUGUUGUGGGAGAGAGACUUCGUCGCCAAGUACUGUCGUUCACUCCGGUGGACGAGCGUCUCGCAAUAAUCCGCAUCAACGCCCGUUUUUUAACUUCUCGCUCAUUUGCUCCCACGCCCUGACGAAAAGGAACGAUGAUGCGACCAAAGAUUCCUUCUCGCCACGACAUAAAAAUCGCGCUGAUCGACUUCGCCGGGGCCCGAAACAUGAUAGUCUGCAGCACCAGAUUCCAGAAUAAGAAAAUACACCAAGCAACGUUGCUGUCUCCUUAUCGGAAAACGCAAAAUCAAAUCGAUCAUGUUGUGAAAGCUGGAAGACACGCUUCUAGUGUAUUAGAUGUAUGUACGAUCCGAGGACCCAAACUACACACAUGCUUCUGUGCAGCAAAAAGCGUACAGCUAACUAUACAAAGAAUGUUCGACAUCGAAAAGCUGCAAUCACAACAGACAGCCAGAAGAUUCGCCACUCGACUCUCACUCCUGCUCUCAGAGAGUACUGCCCAACAAAAGGGCAUGCACGAGCAAUGGAGCAUCAUUUCUCGUUCUCUACGUACCGCCGCCGAAAAAGAUAUCGGAUUCCGGCAAGCCCAAAAAAACGGUUGGUACGACGAGCAAUGUCAUGUUCCUGCCGAAAGAAAGGAUGCCGCCUAUAGAACCACGCUGCGAUCGGGCGCAACGCGAGCCAUGUUGGAUCGCUACACAGAGCUAAAAAAGGAAGAGAGACGUAUUAUCCGACAGAAGAAACGAGAGGCCGAAAUACGUGAGUGCGAGGAGCUUGAGAUGCUGGCCAAUAGGAACAACGCCCGAAAAUUCUACCAGAAAGUUCGGCGGCUUACAGAGGGUUUUCAGACCGGGACGUUUUCCUGUAAGAAAAAAGACGGCGAACUGGUGAUUGACAUCCAGAGCAAUCUUAAAUUAUGGAGGGAACACUUCUCGAACCUGUUAAACAGUGAUAGCUGCGCAUGUCACAGAGAAUGUGAAGAUCCCGAUGCCCCAAUCGUCGACGACGGAAUUGUCGUUCCGUUACUCGACCAUGACGAGGUGAGAAUAGCAAUAACGCGUCUAAAGAACAACAAGGCCUCGGGCGCCGACGAACUGCCGGUUGAGCUAUUCAAACAUGUCGGCGAGGAGCUGGUAAGGUGCAUGCAUCAACUUCUAUACAAAAUAUGGUCGGAUGAAAGCAUGCCUGCCGAUUGGAAUUUAAGCUUACGAGUAAGGUCGACGAGAUAGUUGCCUUAAUGAGUCGACACAGUAUUAAAAUAGCUGCGGUCCAAGAAGAGGUGAAAACCGAUUGGUUGUAGGUGACUUUAAUGCGCAUCACGAUCUUUGGCAUUCAAACCUGCCAAAUGAUCGUAGGGGACAGCAACUGGCAGAGCAGAUAGACGAAUCGACAUUCAGCACAGUGAACGACGACGCCCCCACCAGGGUAGUGGGCAAUUGCAGCAGCUCGCCUGACCUAACAAUUGCUAGCGCGGGUCUGAUAAAUAGCAUAACGUGGCGACCUAUGCUAUCGCUUGCAUCAGACCACUUGCCCAUUAUCGUCUCGAUUGAGAGACCUGCCGACUUCGUUUCCGCGAAUCACCGGUCCUAUUUUAACUUUAAAAAAGCUAAUUGGGCCGGCUUCACGGAAUUCACCGAGGACACCUUCGCCGCUCUUCCCAUCCCCACUGAUGUGCGCGUAGGCGAACCCGCAUUCCGCAAGGUGCUCACAGCUGCUGCGGCUCGCUUCAUUCCAGCUAGAAGUUAUAAAGACAUUCAUCCUCAUUUCCCAGCCGAAGCAGCCAGUUUAGCAAACGAGCGUGACCACCUACGCCAGGCCGAUCCCGGGGAGCCCCGCAUAAGGGAUCUCAAUUUGGAGAUCCGGCAACUGGUAAAGCAGCAUAAGCGGACUAAAUGAGUUGAGCACCUGAAGACCUGCAACCUCACCUCUGGGGUGAGUAAGCUCUGGUCCACCGUUAGGUCCCUGUCAAACCCGACGAAGCACAACGACAAGGUGGCUAUCACCUUCAACGGUUGCACUUCGUCGGACCCGAAGAGAUGCGCGAGCUAUUUUAGCCGGCUGUUCAUACUGCAUCCUCCGGGCGACAGAAUCAAACGUCGUGCUACCAGAAGGCUGCACAAACUGACGAACGACAGUGCGCCACUUACUUUCUCCGGUGAUGAGGUUCAGGGGGCCAUCGAAAGCCAUUGGCCCUGACGGCUUAAACGCGCUGAUGCUGAAGCAUCUGGGACCCCUGGGAGUAGGAUUCCUCACAAGGGUUUUCAAUCUGUCCAUGGCCACUCUCAUCAUCCCUGGCAAGUGGAAAGCAGGGAGAGUGGUCCCACUACUGAAACCUGGGAAACCCGCCAACCAAGGGGAGUCUUAUCGGCCGAUAACUCUCCUUUCCCCAGUAGUGAAGAUACUUGAAGCCCUCCUACUCCCACUCUACACGAAACACCUGGCCCCAGCCCCACAUCAGCACGGUUUCCAACGAGUACGCAGCACCACCACUGCACUCACCGCCAUAAACGCCCAGAUAAAUCGCGGGCUUAACCAAAACCGCCCCUGCGAGAGGACUGUCCUAGUACCGUUGGGCUUGAAAAAGGCUUUCGAUACAGUCAGCCAUUCCACACUACCAGAUGACAUUUAUCAGUCGACACUCCCGCCAGGGCUGAAGAGGUGGUCCGCGAACUAUUUGAGCGGUCGGCACUCGUCAGUGAUAUUUCGAGAUCAAACUUCAAAGCAGAGAAAGAUUAAGCAAGGCGUACCGCAGGGUGGUGUCCUUUCUCCCUUGCUGUUCAAUUUCUACAUCUCGAAGCUCCCCUAACCACCAGCGGGAGUUUCCCUGAUCUCAUACGCUGACGACUGCACGAUCAUGGCGUCGGGCAAUGACAUCGAUGGCCUGUGUUCCAAAGUGAACAACUACCUCACCGACCUUUCUCGCUUUUUCACUGCGAGGAAUCUACAACUUUCCCCCACCAAGUCCACGGCGACCCUCUUUACCACCUGGACAAAGGAGGUCAAGCUGUCCCUUAAGGUAAAAGUCGAUGAUACACCAAUUCCGACGGUAAAUAACCCCAAAAUUUUGGGCGAAACCUUUGACAGCUUGCUCUCCUUCUCUGCGCAUACAACCGCAAUUGCCACAAAAGUCCAAAAUCGCAACAAGGUCCUCAAAUCGCUGGCCGGCAGCACUUGGGGCAAAGACAAAGAACUGUUGCUUUCGACAUUUAAGGCAAUUGGCCGGCCGGUUCUUAACUAUGCUGCGCCUGUCUGGUCGGCUGGAACUAGUGAUUCGCAGUGGACAAAGCUACAGACUUGUCAAAAUACCGCCAUUCGGACAGCGACCGGGUGCCUCCUGAUGUCACCCAUUCAACACCUUCAUAACGAGGCACAAAUGCUCCCAGUUGUGGAGCACAACAAAUUGCUCAGCAAGCAGUUCCUGCUCGGAUGUUACCGUAGGUCUCAUCCCUGCAGACACCUGCUUGAGCCCGAGCCGCCUCCCAGGCACGUCAGGAGACACCUGCUAGACUACGCUGGCGAAAUCCAGGACAAGACUGACCGUAACCUACUGGACCGGACAGUAUUUAGACAGUCUAUAAACGACAUUCACCGGGAGACCGUUACCACCUUCUUGAACUCCCGUCCUGUGAAUGCCGUAAUCGGAGUCCAACCACCACCUAUCGCAGAUGAAGAGCUCCAGCUUCCCCGUGAGACCCGUGUAACACUGGCACAACUGCGUUCUGGAUACUGUAGCAGGUUAAACUCCUACAUAUCCAGAAUCGACCCCGACAUACCAAACACAUGUCCGGCAUGCGAAGGUACCCCGCACGACACUAACCACCUCUUCACAUGCCCCCUUAAACCGACUCAUCUAACCCCCCUCUCCCUCUGGACCCAACCUGUCGAAACAGCAUGUUUCUUGGGCCUACCCCUAGAUGAGCUAGACGAAGACGACCGAUGAUAUGCCUACACUGACAGGGCUACCUAUGCUGUUAACAACAACAACACAUUGGAAUUUAAGUGUGUUCUGCCCAAUUCAUAGGAAGGGAGAUCCUGCAAUCAGUGCCAGUUACCGCGGGAUUAGUCUUCUAAAUAUCGCCUAUAAGGUUCUAACGGACGUAUUGUGUGAAAGGCUGAAGCCCAACAUCAACCAACUGAUUGGACCUUAUCGGUGUGGCCUUAGACCUGGAAAGUCUACCAUCAACCAAAUAUUUACAAUACGCCAAAUCUUGAAAAAGACCCAUGAGGGGAGAAUCGACACACACCAUCUUUUCGUCGAAUUCAAAGCUGCCUUCUACAGUACGAAAAGUAGUUUCCUGUAUGCCGCGAUGUCUGAAUUUGGUAUCCCCAGCAAACUAAUACGGCUUUGCAAGAUGACGUUGCUCAACACCAGCAGCGCCAUAAGAAUUGGGAAGGACCUCUCCGAGCCGUUUGAUACCAAACGAGGUUCCAGACAGGGUGACUCGCUGUCGUGUGACUUCUUUAACCUCAUGUUGGAGAGGAUCGUACGAGCCGCAGGAUUUAAUCGCUUAGGCACAGUAUUUUAUAAGAGCGUACAAUUAUUGGCGUAUGCCUAUGAUAUUGACAUCAUCGGCCUUAAUAACCGCGCUGCUAGUUAGUUAGUUCUGCCUUCUCCAAACUGGAUAAUGAGGCAAAGCGAAUGGGUCUGGUGGUGAACAAGGACAAAACGAAGUACCUCCUGUGAUCAAGCAAACAGUCGGCGCACUCGCGUAUCGGCACCCACAUCACUGUGGACAGUUAUGACUUGGAGGUUGUAAAAGACUUCGUUUAUUUAGGAACCAGCAUUAACACCGAUAACAAUGUCAGCCUGGAAAUCUAACGUAGAAUCUCCCUUGCCAACAAGUGCUACUUUGGAGUAAGUAGCCAAUUGAGUAGUAAAGUCCUCUCCGACGAACAAAACUAACACUCUACAAGGCUCUCAUGAUGCCUGUCCUAACGUAUGGCGCAGAAGCGUGGACGAUGACAACAACCGAUGAAGCGACGCUUGGGGUGUUUGAGAGAAAGAUUCUGCGUAAGAUUUUUGAGGCGAAUAUCGCAGGAGAUGGAACGAUGAGCUGUAUGAGCUUUACGACGUCAUGGACAUAGCACAGCGAAUAAAGAUACAGCGGCUACGUCAUGCGGCUGGGUCAUGUCGUCCGAAUGGAUACUAACGCUCUUAUCUGUAUCUAGAUGUGCUAAUCUGUGCACAAAUGCGCUGAUGGUUUUUGCAGUCCGCUUUAAAAAUAGUAAUAUAUUAUAUCUUAAUUUGACUACAGUGAGAUUUCACAGAGUAAGAUUUCACUCAAUAUUCAGGAAACUAAUUGUUGGCGGCCGCCGUAGCCGAAUGGGUUGGUGCGUGAUUACCAUUCGGAAUUCACCGAGAGGUCGUUAGUUCGAAUCUCGGUGAAGGCAAAAUUAAUAAAAACAUUUUUCUAAUAGCGGUCGCCCCUCGGCAGGCAAUGGCAAACCUCCGAGUGUAUUUCUGCCAUGAAAAAGCUCCUCAUAAAAAUAUCUGCCGUUCGGAGUCGGCUUGAAACUGUAGGUCCCUCCAUUUGUGGAACAACAUCAAGACGCACACCACAAAUAGGAGGAGGAGCUCGGCCAAACACCUAACAGAAGUGUACGCGCCAAUUAUUUAUUUUUAUUUUUAAUUGUUUACUAUCAUGAGGGGUGAAGAUUUCACCUCAAACAUUUUAGAAAGUAUAUUUGUCCAUGUUUAAUCUAUAUAACAUUUGCAUAAAUUUGUGUUGUUUCUUUGUAUCGAUAAGAUGAAAAAAAUUAUUCAAAUAUCACGUCGACCACUUCCACGCUGAGAGGAUACUCCUCUACUAGAUCCCCCAAAACAAAAGCUUUGGAAUGGAGCUCACACCAAUAAAUGUAAUGUAAUCAAGGUUUCCAGCGUUCUCUGAAAAACGAAUGAGGAUGAUACUGAUUUUCUUGGAACGACCUCAGGACCUGAACUUUUUGAUCAAAGUGACUUAAGAGACCUCGGUAUCUCAAAAAUUUCAUCUGAGUUAUUAGCAUCAAGGUUUAAUGACAAACACUUACUUGCUCCGGGUACUAAAAUUACGAUAUAUCUAAACAGAGAAGAAGCGGUGCUGUCUUUUUUUACGAAAGAAGAUAAUCUUGUUUAUUUCACCGAUGUUAAGGGUUUGAUAUAUUAGAAAAAAAAGGGUCUGACUGAGCACAUAUCACAUGAAUGGCGCCUAUUUAUAGAUAGCUCAAAGCGCAGUUUGAAGCUGCUAACUCGGGCAACCUUACUUUUCGAUCAUUCAAAACGAUUUUGUGGAUUUUUUUGAUGUUUUCUGGUGUUAUCGCCUUAUUUGGACUGCGUUGUGCAUCAUCGGUGUCUCUACAAUCAGGUUUGAAGUCAGCAAACUAUCGUUUUAUUGUUCUUUCUAAUGGAACGGAGUCCCCAUAACACUUUUCAAGCCAUUGAUUUGCAAGAACGGUAUUUUUCCCCAUCAAGAAGCAGUGUUAAGUUAAAACACGAGAUUCUUUUUGAUCCACAGUUUUAAAAAUAACAAAAGCAACGCCACUCUUGGCACAAUAACUGACGAACUAAUGAAUAGAAUAUGAAUGAAGCUGACAGUUGUCUUUUUAAGGUUAGUACUAACUGAAAAAGAGGUGAAUGCAAUACAACUAGUAACAUCUAUGUGUUAGACACGGGACUUUUCAACCCAUGUACAUUUACUAUGAAAUUUUUACCCAUGCGAAUUUCAUGAACUUGUAAAGUCGAGCAAGAAAACUAUGGCCCUUAUUAUGAGCAACAUUCGAUCUUCGACUAUAGUCGAAAGUGCUGAUCGAACGAAUUUUCAUUUGGUAUUAUGGUGCUCAUUCGUUGAAGAAUAGGACUAUUGUGAAUUUCGAUCGUUCGACGCAUUUACAAUAGAUAAUUUUUUCUCAGCUGAUACAGCAAAUUAAAAUAAAAGAAAAACCGAUUGUGUUGAAAUUCUUUGCUAACAUUUUUAAAAGUAAAAAAAAGUAUUUUUUGUGAAAAUAAGUACAACGGAGUUGUGUUUCGACAAUUCAUCGGUCGAUGAAAGAUUAGUGGAACUAGCUAGAAGUAGAAAACAGCUGAGGGGCGCAUCCAACCCCCUAGAAAUGGCUCCCACUGAUUUUUUAAAGAACUUUAGAUUAUCUAAAGAGGCGUUUAUGAACCUACUGCCCAGUACAGAAAACCAGUUGCAGCAGUGCACCCGAGCCAAG